AUGAAAGAACAAUAUCGGAUCCCCGACUCUGCAAGAAAAGCAACAGCCGUCACCUUUUUUCCCGGCAGCUCCGAGUUCAUUCGACAGGCUGCUCACGUUCCCAUCUGCAAUGCGAAAUUGUAUGAAGAACAACCAGGAAGAUUGACACCUGCCGCGCUAGGCCCACUUGAUGGUCGAUUGGGAGUCUCUUCUAAAGGGGGUACUUGUGCAACAUGUGGCCUCCCCUUAUUGAAUUGUAUUGGCCAUUUUGGAUUUUUUGAUCUGGAAUUACCCGUCUUUCACAUUGGUUAUUUCAAGCUGGUCAUCAAUUGCCUUCAAUGCAUAUGCCGGAAUUGCUCUCGGUUACUACUUACGGCAGAAGAAAAGACGAACUUCCUACGACAAAUUGCGAAUCCCGGUCUAGAUUAUCUACGAAGAAAAGCGCUGCAUAAAAAAAUUAUCACUUCCUGCAAGAAAAACAAAAUGUGUCUUCAUUGUGGGCAAAUUAAUGGCGUUGUGAAAAAGGCUGUUGGAGUUCCACUGAAAAUAGCGGAUGCAUUGGAUCGUGAGGACAUCUCUGAAUACACGCAAGUGAUGAAUGCAAACCCAGAGAUCAAUAAAUUACUUCCGAAAGCCAAGUUCUCUCAGCUAACGCCACUGCAAGUUCAAAAAAUCUUCAGCCGGAUACUCCCAGAAGACAUUGCCAUAAUUAUGGUUCGAUGUGGCCAAGAGAAGCAUCCGCAAGAUUUGCUGCUGACGCGAAUUCCCGUACCACCAGUUUGCAUUCGCCCUUCGGUUGCAAGCGAGGUCAAAGCUGGUACCACUGAAGAUGAUUUGACGAUGAAGCUGUCAGAAAUCUUUUUGAUCAACGAUGUACUUCGAAAACAUAAACGAGAUGGAGCACCAUCAAAAACAGUUCACGAGACUUGGGAGCAUCUACAGAUUCAAUGCGCGUUAUAUAUUAACGCGGAAGUAUCUGGACUACCACCAGACAUGCAAAGCAAAAAAACGAUUCGUGGAUUAACACAACGUCUAAAAGGCAAACAAGGUCGCUUUCGAGGAAAUCUAUCUGGAAAACGUGUCGAUUUUACGAGUCGAACAGUUAUUUCGCCCGAUCCAAAUUUGCGCAUCGAUCAAGUUGGAGUUCCAAUUCAUGUCGCGAAGAUUCUUACAUUUCCAGAAGUCGUUAACGAUCUGAAUAUAGAGAAGAUGAGGCAGUUGGUUCGAAAUGGUCCCGAUGUGCAUCCAGGUGCAAACUACAUUGAUUCUAAAACACAGGGAAAACGAUAUCUAAGAAUCGGCAAUCGGGAUUAUAUGGCGGAAAAAUUACAACGGGGCGACAUUGUAGAAAGGCAUCUCAAUGAUAAUGAUCCGGUGCUCUUUAAUCGGCAACCUUCGUUACACAAAAUUUCAAUUAUGAGCCACAGGGCAAAAGUUAUGCCAGGGAGAACAUUACGAUUCAAUGAAUGCGCAUGUGCACCUUACAACGCUGAUUUUGAUGGAGACGAGAUGAACUUGCAUUUGCCUCAAACCUAUGAGGCUCGAGCCGAGGCAUCACUUUUGAUGGGGGUUAAAAGCAACUUGAUCACUCCAAGAUCCGGCGAACCUUUAGUGGCAGCCAUACAGGAUUUCAUUACUGGUGGUUAUUUGAUGACACACAAAGACACUUUCUUCCCCCGCGCUGAAGUUCAUCGUUUUGCUGCAGCAAUUAUUGAUGCUUCUGCAAAGAAACAAACUCGGAUGUUUAUCCCACCACCUGCAAUCUUAAGACCAGUAGAGUUGUGGACGGGCAAGCAGCUCAUUGAAUUGGUUAUUCGGCCUGAUGCGGAUUCUGAGAUAAAUUUGAACUUGAAGACGAAGAACAAAAGCUACACGAAAAAUGAAGAUCUAUGCCACAACGAUUCAUAUGUUAUCAUCAGAAAUAGCCAACUGAUUUGUGGUGUUCUAGACAAGUCUCUGCUAGGAUCGGGCUCCAAAGUAAACAUUUUCUACAUACUGCUACGAGAUUUUGGUGAAGAUGCGGCCGUGGAUGCAAUGUGGCGCUUAGCGCGAAUGGCACCCGUGUAUUUGACUAACCGGGGCUUUUCUAUUGGCAUUGGUGAUGUGAAGCCGUCAGAAAGAUUACUUAGUGAACGAAAAGCUCUCAUCAAUGAGGGUUAUCAUAAAUGUGACGACUUCAUUGCACAACUAGCUUCUGGACGUCUCAAGACGCAACCUGGCUGCAGUGAAAAAGAAACACUCGAGUCUUUGAUUCUUCGGGAAUUGUCCGUGGUUCGUGAUCACGCAGGUCAAGUCUGUGUCAAGAAUCUCAGCUCGCACAACGCACCCCUUACAAUGGCUAUCUGUGGGUCAAAAGGCUCGUUCAUUAACAUCUCUCAAAUGAUUGCUUGCGUUGGUCAGCAGGCCAUUUCCGGACAUCGACCUCCUGAUGGAUUUGAAAACCGAUGUCUUCCACAUUUUCCCCGAUAUCAAAAUACACCGCAAGCCAAGGGAUUUGUUGAAAACAGUUUUUACUCUGGACUUACACCAACCGAGUUCUUUUUUCACACGAUGGGUGGACGAGAGGGACUUGUCGAUACAGCGGUGAAAACGGCUGAAACUGAUGAUAGACUUGAUCCUGCUCUUAUGGAGGCAAAAGAUGGCUCAGUAAUCGAUUUUGAGCACGUUUGGAAUCAUGUCCGUUGCCUUACCAACUCGAAUACAUGCGAUGAAGAGAUCGCCCCAGCGGAAAUGAAAAUCUUUAUCAAAAAUUCCCUCCAAGAUCACUUUUCAAAUGAGAUCAAAGCAUAUUUGGUAGAAAAACACAGAGAAGAAAAGUCACAAAUUGACAAAAAAGAACAAACAAUGGCGCCAAACUUGUCAGAUGACGACGUCUUUGAAGAAGUCUCAAACUGGGGCACACGAUCUUCAACUCUGGCUGUAAAAACAAUCUGGAAUGACUUGUGGCAGUUUUUGGCGAAAAUCAUGAAUCGAGGUGCAAAAGUCUAUGAACUACCUUCGACUUGCAAAAGCCACAAGAAUGCAAAAACCGGAUCACGUCAGAGCAACUCAACUUCAUGUCAUAACUGCGUGCGAGCGUUUAACUAUCGAAAAAGGUUAUUAGCAUCGAUGUAUUUGACCCACGAACAGGUGACCGUUUUCGUUGAGAAAUGUGCAAAUAAAUGGAAAAAGGCAAUCAGCGAGCCAGGAACAACAGUUGGAGCAAUUGCUGCUACUAGCAUUGGAGAGCCUUCGACUCAAAUGACACUUAAAACUUUCCAUUUUGCUGGAGUUGCCAGUAUGAACAUUACUCAGGGAGUCCCGCGAAUUAAAGAAAUUAUCAACGCUGUGAAGUCUAUUUCGACUCCCGUUAUAAGUGCUUCUUUACGCGAUGAAAGCGAUGGAGAUCUAGCUCGUAGAUGUAAAGCUAGGAUUGAAAAAACGACACUUGGGAGAAAUCUUGCUCAACGGAUUCGUUUGCUUCGUUUAGAGGUCACUCCAUAUAGCAUUCAACGAGCUAUUGCCGCGACGAAAUUUGAAAUUCCACUUAAAAUUGCUGAUAUUCAUCCUCGUGGAAAAACUAUGAUCGUGAUUAGGCCAGCAGUCUCUCAAAAAAUGUCAAGACGAGGGCAUUUUCAAUAUUUGAAAAGAGUUUUAUCUCGUGUGAUUGUUAAAGGGCUUCGGGACGUUUCGCGGUGUGUCAUUCAUGUUGAUGAAUCGAAGGGCAAUCGCCAUGAGUUGCUAAUCGAAGGAACUGAUUAUUUAGGGGUAAUGUGCACAAAUGGUGUGAAUCCAGUGAAAACCAGAUUCAAUAAUGCUCUUGUUGUUGCUCAGGUUCUUGGCAUCGAGGCUGCUCGGAAAAUCAUUAUUGAGGAGAUUUUGUCGACUAUGGAAAGUCACGGCAUCAGCUUAGACCGUCGUCACGUAAUGUUACUGGCCGAUAUCAUGACAUACAGAGGUGAAGUGCUCGGAAUUACACGCAACGGUCUUGUAAAGAUGAAAGAGUCUGUGUUACUGCUUGCAUCAUUUGAAAGAACAACCGAUCAUCUUUUUGAAGCAGCUUUCUUUGGGCAAAAAGACGAGAUUAAAGGAGUAUCCGAAUCGAUCAUACUCGGCACACCGAUCAGAAUUGGAACAGGAAUGCAUAAACUUCUUUUCAAACAUCCAGCAUCUCUUCCUAUUCGACCACGGCCAAUUCUCCUUGACGCGAUCUUCAAAGACUCGAAA